AUGUCUUCGCAUCAGUAUACCUUCCCGGGCUUGCACGAUGUCCCCGAAACCUACCCAUACCACGUGGGCCAAGCAGACAGCGAGGAAGACAUGGACAGCCUCUACAUGGCCAGUCCCCCCGCGUCCUCAUACGCAGGCCUCGACUUCGAGCCAGCCAUGCCAGCCAUGCCAACAAGUCAAGCCUACAACACCACCAUGCUCGCACCCAUGAGCGGAUCCUACCUGCCCUACGGCGAUCCGUGGACCUCCCAAGUGCCCCCAACAGCAACAUACCACCCCACCGACAUCUACCCAGCGUCAACAAUGACAUACACCCCGCAAAGAACACACCCCGCUACCCUCAACCCCAACCCGCAGACCUACCUCUACCCGGGCCCUUCAACCCCCAACCCCGACCCGAAACCACCCUCCCCAGACCUCGACACCAAGGACCUAACCAACUACGGCAUCCCCAACCCCGACGGCUCCUGGCGCUGCGCUUACCCAGGUUGCACCUCGGCCGCGACGUUCCACCGCGGCUGCGACCUCCGGAAGCACUACAACCGGCACCGGAAGCAUCUGUUCUGUCGGCACGAGGGCUGUCCGCAGGCUGUUGCGGGCGGGUUCUCGAGCAAGAAGGACCGCGCCCGGCACGAGGCGAAGCAUAACCCCGGUGUUGUGUGUGAGUGGCCGGAUUGCGGGAGGGUGUUUAGCCGGGUAGACAACAUGAAGGAUCAUGUGAGGCGGAUUCAUAAGAGGGGAGAGGUUGACUCUUGA